AUGAACUCGUUUUGCAAAUUGGAGUAUGAUCAAGUAUUUGGCAAAGAAGAUCACUCAUUUUCAUUUCUAAACCACUCAUCACUUUACUCUCAUCAAAGCGACUUAGCGAAUCUUUUCUUCGGCUUAGAAGAUGACUUUCCUCCUUCUGCCUCAAGCUUUCUGGCUUUACCUGAUUAUCUUCCUUCUGCCUCAAGCGUUCUGGCUUUACCUAAUCUUGAUCCUAUCUCCAUCGUAUCUCUUGACGCAGAUUUACUUAGUGGGUACAGUUCUGUUUCAUGGACCGAAGAAGAGUCGAUGCUCGAUUUUGAUUUGGAGAAAAAGAGUGAAACCAUCUCCACCAAAAAGAGGAGAUGCAGAGAAGAAUGUGUUUCUAGCUGUUCUGUUUGGAAGACAUUGUCGAAAGAAAUCAUCUCAUUGUACUUCUACAAGUCGAUAACUCAAGCGGCUAAAGAACUUAACAUUGGUUUAACUCUUUUGAAGAAGAGGUGUCGCGAAUUGGGUAUUCAACGCUGGCCUCAUCGUAAGCUCAUGAGCCUGCUCCCUUAG